UAAUAGCUUCACUCUACCCCAGUGCAGCUGUGGGUCGAGAGCUCAAACAGACAAAUUACACAAACCCUCACGCACAGGAACAGAUAUAUCACCAGGAACCUCACAAACCACAGCAAUGUUUUUACACUACUUAUUGGAAUACCUCGAUUUUAAGAGCUGCCUUAUAGGAUUUUUUGUUUUCCUUCUACUUCUUGAUAUCUUCAGGAAUAAAAAUCCAUCCAACUAUCCACCAGGUCCGUGGCCCCUACCUUUUGUGGGAAACAUUUUCACUGGGCUUGACUACAAAUCGAUAAACAAGCUUGCAGAGAAGUAUGGAGAUGUGUUCAGCCUGCGCUGGGGCAGUGAGAAAACUGUGUUUAUCUCUGGACAUAAAAUGGUGAAGGAAGCUCUCAUUACUCAUCUGGACAGCUUUGCAGACCGCCCUGUUGUCCCUCUGUUUGACAACAUAUAUAAGGGAAUAGGUAUAGCUCUGAGUAACGGAUAUUUGUGGAAGAACCAGAGGAAGUUUGUUAUCACACAUCUACGUAACUUUGGUGAAGGGAAGAAGACUCUGGAGCUAAGUAUCCAGCAGGAGAGCAUCUUUUUGUGUGAUGCUUUCAAAGCAGAACAAGGUCCUUUUGAUCCUCAGUUUUAUCUGAACAACGCAGUCUCAAACAUCAUCUCUGCACUAGUUUUUGGCCACCGCUUUGAAUACCAUGAUGAGAAUUUCCUGAAUAUCUUGCGUUUGGAUACUGAAGCUGUCUUUUUAGCAGGUUUGCCCAAAACUCAGCUGUAUAAUGUUUUCCCUCGCCUCUUCAAUUACCUUCCUGGCCCUCAUCAGAAGAUGUUUUCAAACUAUGCAAAAAUAAUUGAGUUCUUACAAGUAGAACUAAAGAAACACAAGGAGGAUUGGGAUCCAUCAAAUCCACGUGAUUACAUUGACAGCUACCUUCUAGAAGUGGAGAAGAGAAAGAGUGAUCCUCAAGCUGGAUUUAACAUCGAUACUUUAUUGGUUGCAAUGCUGGACUUGUUUGAAGCAGGGACAGAAUCUUCAGCCACUACACUUCGCUGGGGUCUUCUCUUCAUGAUGAAGUAUCCUGAGAUACAGAAAAAGGUGCAGGCAGAGAUCGACAAAGUAAUUGGACAGUCACGCCAAGCCAGCAUGGCCGACAAACCUUACAUGCCCUACACUGAAGCUGUUGUUCAUGAGAUCCAAAGGAUGGGCAACAUUGUGCCUCUGGGUUUUCCAAAGAGGGCCUGUAAAGACACUGUACUGGGUGGAUUCUUUAUACCAAAGGGUACAACUGUGACUACAAACCUGUCAUCUGUGCUUAAUGACAAAAAUGAGUGGGAAACACCAGACAAGUUUAACCCAGGGCACUUUCUGGACGAUCAGGGGCAGUUCCUGAAGAAGGAUGCUUUCCUGCCCUUUUCAGCAGGUAGAAGAGUGUGUGUGGGGGAGCAGCUGGCUCGUAUGGAGCUCUUUCUCUUCUUCACCUCUCUGUUGCAGUGCUUUACGAUCUCCCCUUGUCCUGGAGAUGAGCUGUGUUUGGAGGGCCAGAUGGGCUUCACAUACUCACCCAAACCUUACCGCAUGUGUGUCACUUCACGCUAAGCUCACGUUAAGAUCUCAGACACAUAUAUAUCUGAUGUGGGUUUGAUUGACUCUCAGUUCAGGUGUGAGCUCAGUGUUUGACUGAUAAAUACUAAAAUACAAAUCAUGUUGGAUGAACAAAAACUAAUUGUUACUGAAUUCAAUUACAUGGAACUGUUGUGCGUAUUGUAUUGAAUUCAAUUCAACAAGCUUUUUUUCAGUGUGAUGUACUUUGAAUUGCAAAAUCCUUCAUAAAUAAAGUCAGAUGAUGCCAGUCAA